GUGUCAGUUAGCCUGCAGAAGCACCGCCUUUGCCAGUUACAGCCGGAUAUACACAGAGAUUAAAACUACAAUUGCGGGCGAACGGCGGCGCAGAUCAGACCAAGGAAUGUUAUGUCACACUCCAAUGCAGCCAAUCAGUGACUAAGGCUGGACAUCACUGCGGCUGUUGAUUGGAUGAGCGAUCGUGUGAACUCACAUCCCCAAGCACCAGACAGCAGAGAGUUAAACCGGUGGUGGCGGUUUGAGGAAGGUUGGAAUUUUUUUUCCAUUAUCAGAGAUCAAGGCUACACAACCGCCCUUCAGGAAGCUUGUUCACGCUUCAGUGAAUCUUCAUUUCCUAGGAACAUGGUCGACCAUUUGAUCGUAUCUUUACGAUUGGUCAGCUCCAUAGUAUUGUUCGCAGUUCAGCUGGUUUUCUCACAGCUGUCAGUUGACCACAGAAAGGUUCCACAGAGGAUAGAAAGGCAAAGUGAAGCUACAGAAAAUAUCAGUGUUGGAUCUACUGGUCACUGGGGUAGUUGGGGACCUUGGUCAGCUUGCUCUAGAAGUUGUGGUGGUGGUGUGAUGGAGCAAACCCGGCCAUGUCUUCCUGGUAAUUAUCAAGAAAGGAGCCAACAGGUUCCAAAUUUCCAGUACUCUGCUGGAGAAAGAAGUAUCAGUCAUCAAAAUACACUUGGUCAUGAUACCGCUUUGAAUCCUUAUACUGGACACGUUGUAUCAGCCAUUCGGACAUCAGUACCAUUACACAGAAGCGGGAACAACCCUAGAAUAAAUUUUCCAGUAUCCAGUGACCAAACUCACCUUGGAAGAGGAAUAGUAAGAAGUCGUCAGCCACAUCCUCAAGGACACAUCUCAAGAUUUGACAGGAGAAACCGAACAAGAACUCCAGUCAGUCCAGGGUCUUACGGAUAUGGAAAAGUUCCUUACAUUUUACCUUUGCAAAGUGACACAGGUCAAGGCAGACCAAGAAAAAAGAGACAGCAACAAUCUGGAAGACAGCCUACACGUGGACAAAUCAUAGCUCAGAAUCGCUUUUCCAGCAUUGGUAACAUUCACCAAGAAGGACUUUAUCCUUCACUCAGGUCAGCAGAUUCUUCAGCAAACCAAUGGGUGCCCUCCCCAUCUCAGAUGCAACCAAUAUCUCAAAAUAUAUUCCCUGAUGCUCGUGUACAGGGAACAUCACUCAAUUUACUGAGAGAUAAUCCACAAGGACAACGUGGAACUACAGCUAUCCUGUGCACUGGAGCCUACAAACAAUAUAAGCUGUGCAAUAAGGAACUGUGUUCUGGUAACAACAGAGGCACAAGAGAAGUGCAGUGUGCAUCCUACAACAACAAGCCAUUUAUGGGCCGAUUGUAUGAAUGGGAACCAUUUUCAGAAGGAAACACUCUGAAGUGCGAGCUGACAUGCCGGGCAAUGGGCUACAGGUUCUAUGUAAGGCAAGCCGAAAAGGUAAUAGAUGGAACACCAUGUGACCACAAUGGGACAGCAGUAUGUGUAUCUGGCCAGUGCAAGAUGAUCGGCUGUGAUGACUAUUUGGGACAAGACAAAGUGGUAGACAAGUGUGGAGUCUGUGGAGGAGAUAACACAGCUUGUAAGGUUGUAUCAGGCGUCUUCAAGCAUGUACUAUCUAAAAUUGGCUACCAUAAAGUAGUGGAAAUUCCAGAGGGGGCUACAAAAAUCAAUGUUACAGAAAUGACAAAAAGCAACAACUACUUAGCUCUCCGUAGUCGAUCUGGCAGAUCAAUUAUCAAUGGGAAUUGGGCAAUUGACAGACCUGGAAAAUAUGAAGGUGGAGGAACUAUGUUCACAUACAAGCGACCAAAUGAAAUAUCAAGCACUGCAGGUGAAUCAUUUCUAGCGGAGGGACCAACAAAUGAAAUACUGGAAGUUUAUAUGAUUCACCAGCAACCUAACCCUGGAAUCCAUUAUGAAUUUGUCAUUCCAUCCCCAAAUACUAUCAGUCCUCAACUACCAGCUCAACGGAGACCAGGGGAACCUUUAAAUGGCCAGUUAGACGUAAAAGAUACCUCAAACCCUACUGAAAACAGAGACUCAUUUAGUGAAACUGAUUCACACACUGGGCAGCCAACUGGAUCCUUACCUUCCAGACAACCUGGAAGAAAUCCUUCUUAUCAGCCCGAUAAUGAAGUUCCUCCUCUACAGCCACCUAGACGGAAUCGGGACUAUAACUGGAAGCAAGUGGGUUCAACUGACUGCUCAGCCACUUGUGGAAAAGGAUCACGGUACCCUAUCUUUCGCUGUGUAAAUAGGAUCACACAUGAAGAGGUGUCAGAAGCCUUCUGUGACUUAACUACGAAACCCAGUUCUGAAGAAGAGCCAUGUAAUCACUUUCCUUGUCCUGCAUUCUGGGACAUAGGAGAGUGGUCCGAAUGCAGUAAGACAUGUGGUUUGGGAAUGCAGCACCGCCAGAUCUUGUGCAGGCAUGUGUAUGCCAACCGCACCCAUACAGUUCAACCUCACCGCUGUCAAAACUUGGAGAAGCCAGAGACAACAAGCACUUGUCAGCUGAAGAUCUGCAGUGAAUGGCAAAUCAGAGCAGAUUGGACACCUUGUUCUGUGCCAUGUGGUGUUGGGCAGAAGACGCGUGAUGUCAAAUGUGUUAGUAACAUUGGAGACGUGGUUGAUGAUGAAGAAUGCAAUAUGAAACUACGACCAAAUGACAUUGAGAACUGUGAUAUGGGUCCAUGUGCCAAGAGUUGGUUCCUUACAGAAUGGAGUGAUAGGUGCUCAGCAGAGUGUGGGGAAGGAGUGCGGACACGGUCGGUGGUUUGCAUGUCCAAUCACAUCAGCAGUUUACCAUUAGAAGGAUGUGGAAAUAAUAAACCACCAGAAACUACAACCUGCGAUAAUGGUCCUUGUGAAGGCAAGGUUGAGUGGUUUACUGGAGCCUGGAGUCAGUGUUCUGUUGAAUGUGGAAGUGGAACCCAGCAGAGAGAUGUGAUUUGCAUUCACAAAACAUCAGAAGGUUUUACAGUGGUGAUGCCACAAGAGUGUUCAUAUCUGGAGCGGCCGCCCAAUCAGCAGUCCUGCAUUCUCAAAUCCUGCGGUGCCAAAUGGUUCUUUACUGAUUGGAGUACGUGCUCUAAGUCCUGUGAUGGAGGCUUUCGGGUUCGUGAGGUCCGGUGCUUGGCGGAUGACAUGUCCCACAGUGAUAAAUGUGAACUGGACCUAAAACCAGCGGAAUCUGAACCAUGCAACACUCAGGAGUGCAUUCCGGAAAUAGAUGAGCAAUGCAAAGAUAAAUACUACAACUGCAACGUGGUAGUCCAGGCCAGGCUUUGUGUAUAUGCCUAUUACAAGACUGCUUGUUGUGCUUCCUGCUUGAAAGCAGCCAGUAGACAAUCAGGAUUCCUAGGACCAAGAUAACAACUACUGAACCCUUUACCCAGGACAGGAGGCGACAGCUGAAUAGUGACAUUUAUUGAUCUGCUUUCGCUGCCUCUGGCUGUACAGUAGAAACUUCUCAUUUUAUGCCACAUGGGACUUCAUUACCAGCGACAUAGCUCUUUCAAUGCCACAACUUUUAUAGGAAUGUUUGACUUUUUUUUUACAAUCCGAGCUGAGAAUUUUUCACACUAUUUUGAACUUGACAUUGUGCACACUGUUGGAACAAGACAAUACCCAUUCUUCACCAGUUAGAAGAGCCAAAUAGAAAGAGGCACAGAUUUGGCAUCUAUUUUUUUUACUUGGAGUUAUUGUGGGUAUUUUGUGUUCUGUAAAUAAUCAUGAAAUGUUGUAGUUUAAUGAGAUGGGGAUGUCUGAUUAGCAAUCUUGUAAAUAAUGAUUUUAUAUAUAAAAUGGAAAUACUGCAGUCUUUUGGCUUCUGUUAGUACGACAUAAUACAUUUGAGUAUAAUUCUGUUGGGUGAAAGGACUUGGGCUUAAGAAUUUCUCAAGAACAAAUAGUGGGUCACAGUUGGUAAUCUUAGAAGCUGCUGAUUCAAGUGCAUUGUAACUAUUGUAAAAACCUAUAUUAGACAAUGGGGGAUAUUUAUCAAAGUUGUCUAUGUCCCGCAUCAAUAUAGACCAAACUACAGAGGGUUAGUCUGGUCUAUUGUGCACCUAAUUUAUCAAAUGGCGCACAGCUCUUGAUCAAUUCUGUGCACAGACUGCAUGAUCUAUGCUUUAGUCUAUAUUUAAACCUGCUCCAACAUGGUCUGACAUUUCGGUGUACUUUCAGCCUAUGCGACUUGUCGCUGAAAAUUCGCUUUUGAUAAAUUCAGCACCAAUGCAUUUUUCAAUGCAUUUCAGUCUAAAAUAGACUUGCAUGCAUCAUGUUCUAAAAAUCCUCUAGAGCAAAAGUCGCAGAAAAGUCGCACAUAUUUAGACUGCGACAUUCUGUGCGACAAAUUUAGACAAGAAAAACCAGUCUAAAUCCUUUGAUAAAUCUCCCCCAAUGUGUCAAACAGAUAUUCAGUUACAAAAAUCUCACUUCUUCCCAGUCAUUACCCCUUUACAUGUGCACUAUAUACAGUUACUGCAAAACAAGCAGUACCCUAUUCCUUCAAUAUUUGUGUUCAACCUUGCAAUAAGGAUCUAUUAUUUUAAAAGGGAUAAAUGGACUUAUGAAUUGCAGGCCAGUCAUAUCCAUUGUGUAGUAUAAUUACUAAUAUUGAACUAUUUUACCAGUGAUGCCUAGUACCUAUUAAAUUGCCUUCAUGGGAACUACAGCUGCAAUUUUACUAUCUACUAAAUGACAUUACAGUGUUUACUUCUCAUAUGAAAACUAUAUGUGCAUAAAAUUUAUUUUUCUUGGAAUAGUUCAUUUUUAUUUUAUGAUUACUAACCUACUUUUUUUGUUUUUGCCAAAACUUAAAGAGGUUGUAUGAAAUAAGGAAAAAUAUUUUUUCCAGCAGCAUUGCCACUCUUGUCCAUGGGCUGUGUCUGGUAUUGCAGUUCAGUCUGAAUUAAGUAACGACUGCGUUAUCAGACACAUCCCGUGCAUAAGAACAGUCUGUUUCUGGAUAAAUUGCAGACUCUUUGUCUAAUCUUACAGAUCAAGGAACAUGGAAUGUAUUAAAGGGUUGAAUCUGUAUUCGUUUUAAUGCAGAACAACUGCAAUAUAAACUGCACUCAAAUACUAUAGAUUAUUCAUUAAUAACCAGCUGUAUUGACUAUCUUAAAUAAAAAUAAAAAACUGA